AUGGCGUUGGACCUCCGAAUUGGAAACAAAUAUCGCAUUGGGCGUAAAAUUGGGAGUGGUUCCUUUGGUGAUAUUUAUUUAGGCACAAACAUUGUUUCUGGUGAGGAAGUCGCAAUCAAGUUGGAAUCUACGAGGGCCAAACAUCCUCAACUGGAAUACGAAUAUCGAGUUUAUCGCAUUUUGUCAGGUGGAGUAGGAAUUCCAUUUGUUCGUUGGUUUGGAAUAGAAUGCGACUAUAAUGCUAUGGUUAUGGAUCUUCUUGGUCCAUCGUUGGAAGAUUUGUUCAAUUUCUGCAGUAGAAAAUUUACUUUGAAGACAGUGCUUCUACUUGCUGAUCAGUUGAUAUCACGAAUCGAAUUUAUUCAUUCCAAGUCGUUUUUGCAUCGAGAUAUUAAGCCUGAUAAUUUCUUGAUGGGUAUUGGAAAGCGCGGUAAUCAGGUCAAUGUCAUUGAUUUUGGUUUGGCAAAGAAGUAUCGAGACCACAAAACCCAUCUUCAUAUCCCUUAUCGUGAAAACAAAAACCUUACUGGCACUGCUCGUUAUGCAAGCAUUAACACUCACUUGGGUAUUGAACAAUCUCGCCGUGAUGAUUUGGAGUCAUUGGGUUAUGUAUUAGUGUACUUGUGUCGUGGAAGCCUUCCUUGGCAGGGACUGAAGGCUGCUACAAAGAAACAAAAGUACGAAAAGAUCAUGGAAAAGAAAAUCUCUACUCCUACUGAGGCUUUGUGCCGUGGUUUUCCCCAAGAAUUUGCAAUUUAUUUAAAUUACACUCGAUCUCUUCGUUUCGAUGACAAGCCUGAUUAUGCUUAUCUUCGCAAACUCUUCCGCGACCUAUUUUGCAGACAAAAUUAUGAGUUUGACUACAUGUUUGAUUGGACUUCGAAGAGAAAAAAUCAGCAGGAUCAGCAAAAUCAACAACAAUUGCAACACCAAUUAGCCGCGUCAGCGCAGGUUACAUCUCCGCCCGAGCGUUCGUCCUUUAAAAAUUAUCGAAAUCAGUCGUUUAAUGAUAAAGGUGAAGUGAAAAGUACCGCUCCUGUAAUCAACGAUAUGCCUACUCCAACCGCUCAGUAUAUUCCACGGCCUAACUAG